UUCCUGUCAUGUGAAACAUGCCUGUUUCCCCUUUGCUUUCUGCCAUGAUUAUAAGUUUCCUGAGGCCUCCCCAGCCAUGCUUCCCGUACAGUCUUCGGAACUGUUUGACCACAUGAUUUGCUUUGGCAGAUGGAACAUUAGCAGCUGGGGACCUUUCUGCCACCACAAAAGCCUAGAUUAUCCUGAUGGAUGAUGGAAGACACGUGGCUGUUGUUCCAGCUGACAUCAAGCCAACCACUGGACAAGAUAGGAAAGCUCUCCUAGAACACGAAGGCCCGAAUGAACUGGCCCAGAGAGGAGAAACUGCUCAGCCAAACUGCCAAGCUGUGAUUAACAAAGGCUUCAUCUUAAUCCACCUGAUUUUGGGGUGGUUUGUUACACAGCGAACGCUAACUGAUACAGUCAUUAUCAUUAGGUCUUUCUUGAGCUGAUCAUACUCCCCAGCGUAGAAUACGCCAAUGUCCUGCUCCUUAUUCCUGGCUGCCAGCAUUGUAAGAGCUGAGUGGAAGGCUGGGGUUUUCAGCACUCAAUAUUUUCGGGAGGUAAUCAGCGAUGAGCAUGGGAUUGACCCCACAGGCAGUUACCAUGGAGACAGUGACUUGCAGCUGGAGAGAAUCAACGUGUCCUACAAUGAGGCUGCUGGUAACAAAUAUGCACCUUGGGCCAUCCUGGUGGAUCUGGAGCCUGGAACUACAGACUCCAUCAGGUCUGGACCCUUCGGCCAGAUCUACAGGCCAGACAACUUCGUGUUCGGUAUGUAGUCAUGAUCACUGGGAACUGGCCAAAUGACACACCUUCUUCCUAAAAGCCCUGUGAAGCACAGUUCUUAGUGUUCGGUGCCAAGGUGACACUGUGUCCACGGCAGCCCUGAGUCCUGGCCUAGCUCCACGCAGUCCAUGGACGGUCAUGGCUCACAGAUCAACGCCAGCCUGCAGAGGGCUGCUGCAGCCCUCCCAUUGCAGAGCAGCCUCAGAGUGGAAGGAAGAAAGAGCAAGGAAAAGCUUCAAGCCAGGCUUCAUAGGCUAUAGGCAACUUGAAAGGACUUCAAAGAGCCAGGGGCCUUGG